UUGAGUCCUACCGCUGCCAUUUCCAUGUUCGGUUUGCGGUGCUAAACACUGCACGGUAAUGGUCAAUGGCUCCUGUAGACUUUAUGAUCGGUAGCGGUGUGCGUGUGGGGCUAAAAAUGGGUUUGACUCUGACUCAUUUCACUGCUCAAUAACACAUUCUGAGUAGUGCGAGAACAGUUUUCACGCAGCAGUCCCAAAAUUCCGUUAAAUGAGAUGAACCGUCUCCACUUCCGACAUCACAUCCCGUUACUGUUACGCAACGCGACACACGUGCUCCGAGGCGAAGUUGCAGGGGGCGGGGAGACAGUUACAAAACAUUCCGAACGUGACGUCACGCGUCACGCCCACAUCGGCGCGCGGCUCGAAGCCUCUGCGAUGGAAACGGCGCCUUGACCGUCGCGUUCCACCAUUUCCUGCAGGUAACGGCGCGGCUUUGGCGCGGCCUGCUCGCGGUCAGCACGCGUCCGAGCGGUUCGCUGAGACACGACGAACGUCGCGGCGCAGGUCGGAGGUGCUUCCUCGGACUCGAGCGAAGUUUCCUGCAAGAAUUCGGCGAACACAGCUCGUCGCGUCACGUCGCGUCGCGGCUCGGUGUUGUCGCCGCGUGCGCUGUUGUUUUCACCGCGUGUUUCCUCCUCCAAGCGCCAUGGUGAGGAAGACGAGCCCCAGCGGGGGGCGGAAACGGCCCGGAGAGGCUCCUCCUCCUGCGGACACUCUCUCGAAAAAGUUGAGGAGGAGGAAGGAGGGACGCGGUGCGCAGGAAGCUGCUACGGGUCGGAGCGUUAAGAAAAACAGAGCCACCAGCAUCGUGCAUUACAUUUACCGCAACUCCCUGGGGCACCAUAUCUACUCUCAGAUGCGACAGUGUCUCCAGGAGCCCUUUCUGCGUUCCCUGAACUGCUAUCAGCUCUUCCGCACAGCGAGCCCCUUUGACCGUAGAAUAACCUGCCUCGAGUGGCACCCGAACCACCACGGGACCCUGGCUGUGGGCUCCAAGGGGGGAGAUGUCGUCCUGUGGGACUACAACUCUCGAAAGAUGACCUGCUUCAUUCAAGGGAAGGGAGCUGGGGACUGUAUCGGGGCCCUGAGGUUCUGCCCUAACGAUCCGUCCAAGUUUUACACGGUUUCUGGAGACGGCACUCUCUCCCUGCGGAGCUUUGCCGACGGACAGGCGACGGUUCUGUCCAGUACUGCCGACUGCGGUCACGACCGGCAUGACAACUGCUUUUGGUACUGUAGUGUGGACGUGUCCCAGAGCCGACAGAUGGUGGUAACCGGAGACAACGUAGGACGGGUCCUGCUCCUAGACAUCAAUGGCCAAGAGUUGUGGAACCAGAAGCUGCACAAGGCCAAGGUGUCCCACGUAGAGUUCAACCCCUGCUGUGACUGGCUGCUGGCCACGGCAUCUGUGGACCACACGGUCAAACUGUGGGACCUGAGGAACAUCAAGGACAAAGGCAGUUUCCUGCACGAGAUGCCCCACGACAAGGCAGUCAACUCCGCCUACUUCAGCCCCAUUGAUGGCUCCAAGCUGCUGACCACAGACCAGUAUGACCAAAUAAGGGUGUACUCCUCCUCCAACUGGUCCAGGCCCCAGAAGGUCAUCUCCCACCCACACAGGCAGUUCCAGCACCUAACAGCCAUCAAGGCUACCUGGCAUCCCAUGUACGACUUAAUCGUAGCCGGUCGAUACCCCGACGAGCGCGUGUGUCCUGGUAAGCUGAGGACUGUUGACGUCUUUGAUGCCAACACAGGAGCGUUGGUGUGUCAGCUGCAUGAUCCCAACGCAAUGGGCAUCGUAUCCCUCAACAAAUUCAACCCCAUGGGUGAUGUGCUCGCAUCUGGAAUGGGAUUUAACAUGCUGAUAUGGACUCAGGAAGACUGCGUGAACAAGCAGGAAAGACUUACGAAGGACACAAAUGAAAAUCUGGGCAGCACUAGCAGCAGGUCCAGCACUGGCUCUGGGACUCAACGACGCAACCAUGGGGGUGCAAGAGGAAAAGCAGAGAAGGCAAAGGUGGAGAAAAAACUUGCAAGCCUGGAAUCUCCAGGGACCACAAGAAAAAGCUCAGGCACCAAAAUGGACAAGAAAGACAAGAAAUAAGGUUUGCAAGAAGAAAGAACUGGCGUAGAACUGAAUUGGUGCUUUUGUACCAAACCAAAAACCGAGUAAUUACUUCCUCAAACUUUAAAAAGGCGGUUUGCCUGCAAUGUAUGAGUACCGUCAGGCUGACUUUUGGAUAACGUCAGAGUUUUGUAUUUUCUAUAUUAAAGUUGUAUGAAGUCACUGGUGCCAUUACUGUCCUCCCUAUGAACACAGUUUAUAAAGAGAGAAACUUACAUAGUUUCAGAAUUUCCAUUUGUACUUGAGAGCAGCAUCUAUAGUGCCAGUGCCUCAACAAAAUAUCAGUAAUAUUGAACAAGCGAUUAGGCAUUUAAAAUUUCCGACCUUGUACGAAAAAGCAGCAUUAUCCAAGAAGCAAAGUUUGCAUCCCCCUGAAAAUAAAGCCAUGCUAGGGGAAAAAGGAGGCCUCUCCCUCACUCAUUCACACACACCCCCAACUUAAAACAUGGGACUUCUUUAGAAUGAAACAGAACAGACACACACAAAGAUUGACAAGCUUUAUGAAUAAACAUUUCAUUUAACAUUCCCUUGUUUCCUAUUCAUCUCAUGCUUCAGGAAUAGGCUGAAUUCUAUUUGACAGUAAUAUAAUUUAAAAAAUCCUAAACCAAAAACAAUUGGAACACCACACUAUUUUAGGGAAGGGCUUUUUUUCUGCAGAAGCAUUUGAUUUACAAAAACCCUUUGGGGUAAAUUUACUAAGAGGAAUGUUUUGCGUCUCAUUGUAAUUGGUAAAACAUUUGGAAUAGUUGGUCACACCUCAGUUUUAAUUAAAUAUCUAACCCCAAACAUACAGUUAGGUGUACAUAUUAUAAAUAUAAAGCAGAAUAUAUUGCAUUCUUUUAAGAAAAUUAAAAUGGCCCUGGUCAUUGUAAACAUGUAAAAAGUUUCAUAUUCCAUUUAGUGAUAUUUUAACUCAUACUGUCAAGUUUGCCUUAAUAUUCAAAAUAUAUUCAAAUUGUGCACAGCACAUAAGUUCUAUCAAAAAUAAAAUGACCCUUAUCUAUGUUAAAACCAAUGAGCAGCUUCUGGUAUCAACUUGAAAGCAUUUUUAAAACUCACAUAAAUGAAUCGUAAGGCAUGAAGACUUUGAGGCCAAAUCCAUAGUGUUCUAAGGGAAUAGACUUGCUGGUUGCGACAUGCUUUUAAAACACUAUUUAAUAAUCUUACAUUCACCCUACAGUGUUGUGGCAUACAAAGAAUGACACCCAAACUAAAUGAACACAGCACGAAUUCAUUUGAAAGUAAUCAAGGAUGGAAAUGUUAAAAGCAAAGGUUUGCCCAAAGCAACAGUAAAUUCAAGUGUACGGGCAGUCCCUGGAUUACAAACGAGUUCUGUUCUUAAGUCCGCCUUUAAAUCGGCUUCCGACAUAAGUUGGAACAGUUUGGUAUAGCUCGUAUCCAAUGUCAGUUUGUCAAAUGUUUGUCUUAGUAUAUAGUAUAUCAUGUACCUUUCU